AUGAAGGUAGUCAAAAAAAGUGUUGAGAAAGCAUUGAAGAAGAAAACAUUAAAGGAAAAGAAAAAAAAACAAGCACAAAAUAGUAGUACUGAAUAUGUGGAAAAAAAAAAAAUAAAUAAAAAAGAAAAAAAGAAAUAUAAUAAUAAUAAUAAUAAUAAUAUUGAUGAAGAAGAUGAUGAGAUUCUUUUUAAUCAAGAAGAUUUUGAAAAAAAAAAACAAAAAUCUCUUGAAAAUAAAAUAUUAUUAUCAAAAAAAUUAAAAGAAAUAAAAUUACAAUUUAAAGAUUAUCAUGAUGAUCAUCAUGAUGAACAUAUUAAUAAUAAUAAAAAAAAUAGUUGGAUUGAAACAUUAGAUAUUACUAGUACAGAAUAUUAUUAUUUAAAAAAAACAGAAUUAUUUGGAAUAUCAGAAUCAAGAGAAAAACAAUUACAACAUAUAACACAUAUCAAUCUUAUUAAAGGUUUACAACAACUUCAAGCAUUAAAUAUUAAUUUUAAUAGACCAUAUGAUUUUCUAGCUGACAUGUUAAAGUCAGAUAUACAUAUGGAAAAAAUUAGACAAAAAAUUCUAAAAGAACAUGAACAAGCUGAAAUAAGAGAAAGCAAUAAACUUAAAAGAAUUAAUAAAAAAUUCCUUAAAAAAUGUGGAUCACAAAAAAUUAAAAGUCAUAAAGAAGCUCUAGAAAAAAAACAAAAUCUAUUAAAAAUUGAUCAAUUAAAAAAAACAAACAAUUUACAAAAUCUUAAUGUACAAGAAUUCUUUUUAAAACAUUCAAAAGAUCAUGAUAACAAAUCGGCAAAAAAAAAUAAAGCUAUCAAAAAUAAACAAUUAACAACAAAAAAAAAAAAUAAUAAUAAAAGGAAGGACUCCUCAAAAAAUUCAAGUAAAAAUAAAAAAAUUAAAAAAAAACAUAAACAUAAAAAUAAAAAGUAA